CUUAGAUGCUUCAGAUCCUUCUUGGAGAGGUGGGUCAAAACUGGUUGAGUUAAUCUCAGCUGAGUGUUGUGAUAUCAUCUCAGGAAUGCAGUUAAGGCUCAGUCUUGCUGCUGGAGAACUUGUGACAGUCACAACCCAGUGCCAUAAUCAGAGGCACUGAGGCUGCUGGGAUUGAGGCUCGGUGGUGAGUUCCUGGCUUACAUGGAUGCCCCCUGCUCGGUCUUGGGGAGUCUCUGAGAUCAACCACAAGCAGGAUCUGCAGAUAGACAGUGUCCCGCUCUGGCAGAUUCUCCACAGUCCCCAGCUACUUCACUCCUGCAGCCCUGGGCUGGGGUCCAGCCGUCAUGACAGACACAAAGGUGGAGGAAUCCCUCUUCCAAAUCAUCCACUGCUACCACCAGUAUGCAGCCCGGGAAGGGGACGUGGAGACCCUGUCCCUGGAGAAGCUGAAGGCUCUGCUCGUGGACAAUGUGCCCCGCUUCAUGGGGAGCCUGGGCCGGAAGAAGCCACACUACAUCACGGAGUUGUUCCAGGCAGCAGACAGGAACAAGGACAAUCAGAUCUGCUUUGAUGAGUUCCUCUACAUCCUGGGCAAGCUGGUCCAGGACUACCACCUGCAGUACCGCCGGCAGCUGUGCGCCCACCACUGUGCCCGGCACAGCCUCUACUAGAGGGAAGGCAGCCUCCUGCCUACAGGAGCCUGACCCAGGAGGGGGCGUGACCUGCUGUGUGUGUGUCCUUCUUGGGUGUGCACGUGUGUGCGUGUCUGGGGAAAGAAUAGCUAUGUGGGGCUGGGUGCAGUGGCUCAUGCCUGUAUUCCCAGAACUCUGAGAGGCUGAGGCAGGUGGAUUGCCUGAGCUCACCGGUUUGAGACCAGCUUCAGCCGAGAGUGAGAACCCGUCUCUAAAAUUAGCCGGGCAUUGUGGCGGGCGCCUGUAGUCCCAGCUACUUGACAGGCUGAGGCAAGAGAAUCGCUUGAGCCCAAGAAUUUGAGGUUGCUGUGAGCUGUGACACUAUAGCACUCUACUGAGGGUGAUAAAUAAAUAAAUAAAUAAAUCUUUAAUAAUGCUAAAACAAGCCUAUGAAAUACUUCCUACAGGGGUCGGGCGCAGUGGCUCAUGCCUGUAUUCCUAGCACUCUGGGAGGCCAAGGCUGGUGGAUUGCCCGAGCUCCCAGGUUUGAGACCAGCCUGAGUCACAGCGAGAGACCCCCAUCUCUAAAAAAUAGCCGGGUGUUGUGGAGGGUGCCUGUACUCUCAGCUACUUGGGAGGCUGAGGCAAGAGAAUGGCUUAAGACCAAGAGUUGUGGCUCAAAGGAGUAGGGCACUGGCCCCAUAUGCCGGAGGUGGUGGGUUCAAACCCAGCCCAGGCCAAAAACUGCAAAAAAACAAAACAAAACAAAAAACAACAAAAAGAAAAAAGAAGAGUUGGAGGUUGCUAUUAGCUAUGAUGCCAUGGCACUCUACCAAGGAUGACAAAGUGAGAGUCUGUCUCAAAAAAAAAAGAAAAGAAAGAAAGAAAGAA